AUGAACAACAACAAAAACGAUGUUGAUGAGGUUUUAAUCAAUGACUUGGCAUCUAACAGUAACAUCUACAGAAUGAAUAAGACCUUUAAUGACAGAAUUCAAGGUAAAAACUUUCGUUACAUCAACAACAACAACUACUACGUUAAUAACAACUAUACACGUGACAACAUUAUGGAGUUGAAUAACAGUAACAUUAACAACAAUGACAUCACCAACAACAACGAUAAUAAUAAUAACCACAACAGCAACAAAAAUAAUAACAAGAUAUUCAGAAGGAGUUGUACCGUACUUAAAUUCGAGAAUUUAGGCUUGAAACCGGAGCCAAACUUUUCUGGCAAGAUUAAAUCGGCCACAUUGAGAAAGAUUUCUAACAUUGGCGAACUUGGAAUUAGAAAUGAUGAAGAUGAUAACAAAAGGGAUAAUAAUAAUAAUAGCAAUAAUUUCCAUCAUCUUCUUCAUCGUCAUCGCCGUUCUUGUGGCGAUAUCGAUGAUAAGGAAUUAAUUCCCACCAUGAAGCUAUUAGAAAAUAGAAAAGACCCUUUGUCACUAAACCCGACUAAACAUUUUGAUAGCCCUGGUGAUGUUGAAUGCAAUAGUGACAAACCUCAUCAUAUGAGUAACAAAAAUGACAACAACAACACUGUUAAUAAAAACAAUAAUAAUAAUUGUAAUAAUAACAAUAAUGAUGGUGACAAUGAUAAUAAUAUCAGUAAUAGUAAUACUAAUGGUUAUUCAAUUAAUGAUAAUUUUUUAAGAAAGCCUCUUCCUAAUGGUAUCAAUCAUGAUAGUUUUGAUGUAUCUAGUAGAGAUUCACUUUUAAAAAAUCUUAUCCUUCCUAUAUCAACCACCGUAAUGUUGAUGACGUCAUCGUCGGCGUCAUCAUCAUCAUCGACAGCAAUAUCAUCUUCAUCCUCGUUAUUGUCGCCUUCCUUUGAAAUGGUCAAAUUGAAAUGCGAGAACCUGGUCAAGAUGAUGACCAAUGAUAAUAGCAAACAUUCUACUGACAAUAAUAAUGAUGAUAAAAACAACACGAACAUUAACUACCUCAACAACAACAACAGUGCGAUUAUCGACAACAACAUUAAUAACCAUAAAACAACUACUAAUAACAUCAACAACAACUCGUACAGCAACAUCACCAAUAACAUUUAUGACACUAAUAAUGCCAACAGCAAUUACGAUAUUAUCAACAACAACAAUGUCACUAACAACAAUAAAACUAUAAAUGACAUCAAUAACAUUAACAAGAUUUACAACAGUAUUAAUGCCAGCAACGAUACCAACAACUAUGAUAGUAACAACAGCAUUGAUAGUAGCGGUUAUAACGCUAAUAACAUCUAUAAUUAUUACACUAACAAUUUCAAUAAGAUUAACUUUCACAACUCACAUAACGUAGAUGGUGACAAUAACAACAACAAUGUAAACACUACAAACAUCAUUAAUAAUAACAACAAAAGCAUGAAAUCGCCUAACAACCAGUUAGAUUCAAACUACGGUAAAUUAGAUGAUUCACAACUCUCUGCUCCUAACUGGACCUACAACUGCAGUAAUUUAACCUACCAAGAUGAUGACGACGACGACGAUGAUGAUGAUGGAGAUUGUUAUUACUUAUAUAAUCAUAAGAAAAACAACAACGAUGAUGAUGAUAAUAAUAAUAACUGCUAUAUAAAUAAUCAUUUUGAUGUUUGUAGAACUAACGUAAACAAUAAGAACAAAAACAACAGCAACGAAAACUUUAAAAACAACGACAUCAACAGCUGCAACAACAAAGGCAACAAAGUGAUAAAUAGCGUUAAAGCAUUGAUAACAGAUAGUGAUGAAAAUAAUAAUAGCGCUAAUGAUGUCUCUACUGAUAAGGCUGUCGUUGCUACAGCUGAUAACUUGGGAAAAAUAAUUUUAAAUUAUGCUAAUAAUAAUAAUAAUAAUGAUAAUAAUAAUAAUAAUGAUAAUAGUAAUAAUAGUAAUACUACUAAUAAUAAUAGUAGUAGUAGUAAUGUGAAUAUUAUAAAUUUAGAUAAUAAUUUAAAUGUAAUUUGGGCACCGUCAUUAUCGUCAUCAUCACUAUCAUCACCGUUAUUAUCUGUAUCGUUAUCAACAUCUUCAUCAUCAUCAUCAUCGUCGUCGUCGUUGCGUACUACCUCGGCUGCAUAUCCGAAUGAUCGUCAGGAUGUGCUAGAUGCAUCUCAACGUACUUUCAACUUUAGAUCCGAUCAUGUGAAUAAUAAUAACAUUAAUAAUAAUAAUAACAAUAAUAAUUAUAAUAAUAAUCGCUAUCAUCAAUUGCACAACACUAAUGACAUCCAAGGGGCUACGAAUUCUUAUAACAGUCAAAGUGAAAAAAGCAAUAAGAGCAGUGAGAAUAAUAAUAUGAAUAAUAAUUACCAGUAUGACGUUUCUAGUAAAAGUUUAACGAAGACAACGAAAAGACGUUCAGGGAGUGAUCGUAACAAAAAUAAUGACGAGGACGACGACGAGGAUGAUGACGUAGAUGAUAAUGGUGGCAAUCAAGGUGAUGUUGAUAGUUACAGAAACGAUGAUGAUGAUAUGGACAAGGCUCUUUCAAAUUCUACCCUCUUACGAAGUAACUUCAGAACAAAAUCUAACGGUACCGUCAUAUAUAAUUGUGACGACGAUGGUCUGGUAGAUUUAAAUAUCGGCUAUAAAACAACAACAACAACAACAACGUCAUCGAUGACAUCAACAACAAACUCAACUUCUUCAACAACAUCUAGAACAUUCGCGAAAAAUAAAACAUCCGCAACAGCAGCAACGACACUUACAACAACCACACUAGCGGCUUCAAUAAAGUGUUCAUCUUCUUUAAAAGAACCAACAACAUUAUUAACAACAACUACUACAACUACAACAGCUACAACAACAACAUCAGCUACAGCAACAACGUCAGCUACAACAACAUCAUCGACUAGUUUAUGUUUAGACGAUUACAAACUCUUAAACCAACGAUUAUUUAAUCAGCUAAGGUGGGAUGUUAUACAAAGAAAUGUUGAUAUUAUGGAUAGCUCUAUUAACAGUUUUAGCAACAACAACAACAAUUAUAAUAAUAAUAACAUUACUAACCAUUACUACUAUAACAAUAUUAGCAUCAACAGUCUUGAUUACAUUAACAGUAACAGCAGUUACAUCAAAAAUUAUCAACGACUCAGCAACAACAACAAUAAUAUUAACAACAAUACAAAUAGUCAUAAUAAUAAUAGCAACAACAACAGCAACAACAACGCCAACGUGUUCUGUGGUUACGAUAACAUAAAUUCUAGAAAUCUAGCUAGUGAUAAUAACUCCGCCCUUUGUAAAGACUAUACUGCCAAUACAUUAAAUAACGUAUGUAUUUAUAAUAAUAAAAAUAACAACAACAAUAAUAACAACAAUAAUAACAAUAAUAAUAACAAUAAUAAUAAUAAUGGCCAAAGUAAUUACUUUACCCUAGAGGCUUAUAAUAAAUGCUACGAUGAUAAUUAUGAUGAAAACUAUCUCGCUAACUAUAAUUUGAAUUAUGAUUUCGAUAGGGAUGAUUCUGUCCGCCAAAAACACAAUAACAACGUCAAAAGUAACAUAAUAAUAAAUAAUAAUAAUAAUAAUAACAUUAAUAAGAAUAUUAAUAAGUAUAAUAAUAUUUGUAAUAAUAAUCCUAAUGGUGGUGUUAAAAAUAGCUAUAAUAACAAUACACUGAGUCGUUCAUUUUAUAGCACCAGUAACAACAACAACGGCAAUAACAACAAUAGCAAUGACAUCAACAGGAACACCCAUAUAUUCAGUACAUUACCAAGAAGGAACAGAUUAAAUGAACAAACAACAACACCAAACGCAACAAAAAACAAUAGCAUGAAUACGUCUCUUAUAUCUUGGUUGAAGCAAUCAUCGUCGUCGUCUUCGUCGUUGUUAGCAACUCCGUCGUCGUCAUCAUCACCAUUAAUAACGCCAUCAUUAUCAUCGAAAUUAUCAUUAAAUUCUUGUAGCAACAAAAAAGUUCGACAUCUCAUUGACGCGUACAAAUGUAAACAAGUCGAAAAACUAAAUAUAAAUAAUGGUGGUUGUAAGGUUGACGUCAUCCUGAUGAACAGCAACAACAAAUUUAACACCAUCGCUGGUACCAGAGGUAGAAUUAAAUCAGGUGAUUUGGCCGUUACAUAA